AUGUCUUUUCUGCUCAUUCAUGGACCACCGACCGAUCUCGCCUUGACUGGCCAGUCUCCAAAAUUAAAUAUUUUGGGUAAUGCUAGUGCCGGCAAUACUGUAUUCGGCCUUGAUAUUUGGAUGACAUUAGUAGUGGUAAUAAUAAUCACUUCUACGCUGUUGACUAUUAUGAAGAAGACAAAAAAUAGAUACUUCUCGUGGAACUUAAUGUCCGAUAACUAUAUUAAGGUUUGGGGAAUUUAUUGUCAGCAAGGUCUGUCAGAAUUUCCCAGAGAGUUGCCGAUGAGGGUGGCUUUUUUCUCAAUUUACAUCUCGUCGAUAGUAAUUCUGGCCAUCUAUUCCGCCUCGUUGAUGAGCUUCCUGAUGCUCAAUCUUCCUAAACUGCCUUUUUCAACUCUGGAGGAUUACGUUAAUGACGGCACUUACAAAUUAAUCGUUUUGAAAAACAGCGCCGAGUACGAUAUUCCUAGUCGUAUAAAAGACCCAAUGUUUCUGAAAAUGUACGAAUUACUGGAGGAGAAGAAGUAUUUACCGACAACAUUGGCGGAAGGAUUCAAGCAAAUCUGCCACCGAGAGAAAUUGGCAUUUUACACGACGGAGGUGUUUAAAGAAGCUAUGAACAUGUAUGUACGGUGUAAGGUCGUAUAUAUUGACACCGGGAGAGUCGAUAAUUUGGGGCUAACACUGUCAAAAGGAAAUCCUUACACUGGCUUUAUAAAUUAUCAUUUGCGACGAUUUCAUCUUAAUGGCGUUAUGGACAAGUUGCGGAACAAGUAUCUCACAAGAAAGUCAAAGAAUAUUUACAUAUUUGGAGUGACAGUUGAUAUAUUCGAUAUAACGCCGACUUUGACGAUAGUGGUGGGCAAUUUGCAAAUCACGCAUCUGAUACACGCGAGCUCCCGCUUGCUGAGCCAGCGCUUCGUGAAGACCGCGAACGUGCACUUCAGAAGGCUAAAUAUUUCGUUGAGAUACUACCGCCAAAUAGUCCAACCCGUCACCAUCGUCAUUUUACCCAACUACGAGGCGUACCUCGAAUUCGCGGAGGCCACCAAGUUCUAUCCGAUGUCCUUUCCUGUGUGGUUCGUGCUGUUUCUCUACACCCCCGACAACAGCACUCACGACCAUUGCCGCGAGCCGAUCGGUAAUCCCUUCAAUCUGGCGUUCGACACGCAGAUGCUGGUGUUGUGCCACAACGAGAUUGUCAUAGAAUCUCCCAGAGAGUUGUCGAUGAGGUUGGUUUUUUUCUCAAUUUACAUCUCGUCGAUAAUAAUUCUGGCCAUCUAUUCCGCCACGUUGGUCAGCUUUCUGACGCUCAAUCUUCCUAAACUGCCUUUUUCAACUCUGGAGGAUUACGUUAAUGACGGCACUUACAAAUUAAUCGUUUUGCAAAACAGCGCCGAGUACGAUAUUCCUACUCGUAUGAAAGACCCAGUGUUUCUGAAAAUGUACGAUUUACUAGAGGAGAAGAAGUAUUUACCGACAACACUGGCGGAAGGAUUCAAGCAAGUCUGUCACCGAGAGAAAUUGGCAUUUUACACGACGAUGGUGUUCAAGGAAGCUAUGAACAGGUAUAUACGGUGUAGGGUCGUAUAUAUUGAUACCGGGAGAAUCGAUAAUAUGGGGCUAACGCUGUCAAAAGGAAAUCCUUACACUGGCUUUAUAAAUUAUCAUUUGCGGCGAUUUCAUCUUAAUGGCGUUAUGGACAAGUUGCGGAACAAGUAUCUAAGAAAUUCCCGGCCAAAGAUUUACAUACUUGGUAUAGUUGAUAUAUACGAUAUAACGCCGACUUUGACGAUAGUGGUGGGCAGUAUGAUCCUGGCAUUAUUUAUCUUGCUAAUCGAGAAAAAGUAUUAUUCGUUUAAAACUCUAUCUAAGAACAAAGAAUCUUUUAUUAAAAAAGUGAGUCAUAAUGUUGGCGCAAAGAAUAAAAUGCGAAAGAGAAACGAUGAGAAAAAUUUACGACAUCAAGAAUUUUAUAAUAAACCAAUUAUUUAUUAUGGCUAUUGGCCAUAA